ACAAGAAGACCACAGUUAAUAAGGUGGGCGGAGACAAGAAGACCACAGUUAAUAAGGUGGGCGGAGACAAGAAGACCACAGUUAAUAAGGUGGGCGGAGACAAGAAGACCACAGUUAAUAAGGUGGGCGGAGACAAUAAGACCACAGUUAAUAAGGUGGGCGGAGACAAGAAGACCACAGUUAAUAAGAUGGGUGGAGACAAGAAGACCACAGUUAAUAAGGUGGGUGGAGACAAGAAGACCACAGCCAAUAAGGUGAGCGGAGACAAGAAGACCAUAGUUAAUAAGGUGGGCGGAGACAAGAAGACCACAGUUAAUAAGGUGGGUGGAGACAAGAAGACCACAGUUAAUAAGGUGGGCGGAGACAAGAAGACCACAGUUAAUAAGGUGGGCGGAGACAAGAAGACCACAGUUAAUAAGGUGGGCGGAGACAAGAAGACCACAGUUAAUAAGGUGGGUGGAGACAAGGAGACCACAGUUAAUAAGGUGGGUGGAGACAAGAAGACCACAGUUAAUAAGGUGGGCGGAGACAAGAAGACCACAGUUAAUAAGGUGGGUGGAGACAAGAAGACGACAGUUAAUAAGGUGGGCGGAGACAAGGAGACCACAGUUAAUAAGGUGGGUGGAGACAAGAAGACCACAGUUAAUAAGGUGGGCGGAGACAAGAAGACCACAGUUAAUAAGGUGGGCGGAGACAAUAAGACCACAGUUAAUAAGGUGGGCGGAGACAAGAAGACCUCAGUUAAUAAGGUGGGUGGAGAAAAGAAGACCACAGUUAAUAAGGUGGGCGGAGACAAGGAGACCACAGUUAAUAAGGUGGGCGGAGACAAGAAGACCAUAGUUAAUAAGGUGGGCGGAGACAAGAAGACCACAGUUAAUAAGGUGGGCAGAGACAAGAAGACCACAGUUAAUAAGGUGGGCGGAGACAAGAAGACCACAGUUAAUAAGGUGGGCGGAGACAUGAAGACCACAGUUAAUAAGGUGGGCGGAGACAAGAAGACCACAGUUAAUAAGGUGGGUGGAGACAAGAAGACCACAGUUAAUAAGGUGGGCGGAGACAAGGAGACCACAGUUAAUAAGGUGGGCGGAGACAAGAAGACCACAGUUAAUAAGGUGGGCAGAGACAAGGAGACCACA